GAUAUCAACUACUUAUUUCAGAGUAAUUUUGAGGAUGCCCGUUGUCGCUGCGUAUGUCCAUCAACUAAAUAUUUUGCUUCAUCGAACAGCACAGACAAAGAUAAUCAUAGGCGUUAUUAUACGAAAUCCAACAUUCACGCAUAUUCUUGUAAUCCCAUAAACGUUGUCAAACCAAAUGUUUUGGAUGUUGUUGAUGCAGCACAUUUGGAUGCAUUUUUGGCUAACUGCGACUGUAAGAACGAGUCAAGGAAUACAGUAAUGCUUAAGGUGGUUGUUAUCUUUGUCAUGUGUGUUGUACUAGUUCUAGUUACGUAUAUGCUCUUCCUAAUGUGUUUGGACCCGAUGCUUCGGAGAAGACGACAAAGCAUUCCUUACAGACAGCAUAACGAUGAAUUAGAAGACAACAUUUUUGCUCGGCCAGCAGAUAAGGAUGAAGGCGAUGUUCCUACAUCUACAAUGCGACCUAGAGGGAACUCUGGUGUUCUUCAAAGAGUUGAAGCCGAACAGAAUAAAUGGCUGAAGAAAGUUCAAGAACAAAGGAAGAAUAUAUUUACAGAUCACACGAUGCUCAAUUGA